AUGCCUUCCAACAGCUUCCAAAGCAAAGUGAGUAUUACUCACCUUACGACUGCGACUGCUAUACUCAGUAUUGAUAAUGUCAACUUUUUGACUGAUCCGGUUUUCUCGCCGGCUGGAACUGAAAUGCGUUAUGAAUCGAAACUACUAAAAGAUGGACCGGUUCUUUUGCAAAAUAGCGUUCAUCCUGCUUUGGGAUUGGAAAGUUUACCACCCAUUGAUGCAGUACUCUUAAGUCACGAAAAUCAUGCGGAUAAUUUGGAUGAUCUUGGCCGUCGCCUUUUGGAUGGUCGUAAAGUCAUUACUACCAUGGAUGGUGCAAAAAAUCUCCAUCCCCGACCAGGUGUUCGUGGUAUUCGUCCAUGGGAGACAAUCCCACUUGAAGUCGGCGGACUUCCAAAUGUGAUUUACUUCUCUGGUGAUACGGUUUACAUUGAGGAAAUAAAGGAAAUUCGUAGAAAGUAUCACGUGUGUCUUGCUAUUCUCAACCUUGGAAAGGCCAUUAUGUUUUCACAAGAUGGCCCGCUACAGAUUACUUUGGAUGGCAAGCAAGCUAGUAAACUGGUAAAGGAUCUUGGUAUAGAAAAAAUGGUGCCUAUUCAUUUUGAAGGCUGGAAACAUUUUACUCAAUUUGGAGAAGAGUUAACUAAAGAUUUCAAGGAAGAAGGAAUCAAUGACAGAGUUUGUUGGGUAACCCCAGGAAAGCCUACAACCUUGAUUUCCGGAAAUGUUGAAGGGCAGCAUUAA